CACAAAACUCAAAAGGAAAAUUCACAUUAUACUUGCAGCGCCCACUAUCCACCAGACCAGAGAAAUGAGUGGAAGCAAUUUCUGACCUUAAAAAUGAACAUCCUGGGACUUGUUAUUCCCAUGUUAGUUAUGAUCUGCAGCUACACACAAAUUAUAAAGACAUUACUGCAAUGUAGGAAUGAGAAGAAAAAUAAAGCAGUCAGGCUUAUUUUUAUCAUUAUGAUUGUCUACUUUUUUUUCUGGGCACCAUACAAUAUUUGCAUUCUCUUGCGUGAUUUUCAAGGUACGUUUUUCAUCACUACUUGUGAAGGCAGCGGUCAACUGCACAAAGCAAUCCAAGUGACAGAAACAAUCUCAAUGAUCCACUGUUGUAUCAACCCUGUAAUCUAUGCCUUUGCUGGAGAAAAAUUUAGGAAGUAUCUUCAUAAGUUUUUCCGAAAGCAGAUUGCAUUCCACUUCAGUAACCACUGUCCCAUUUUCUAUGCCGACACAGCUGAGGGAACCAGCUCCACCUACACGCAGUCUACUGGAGAACAAGAAGUUUCUGUGGCAUUGUAA